GAGAAAACGGGGAGGUAAAUUGCAGUGAUUCAUCGCGGGCAGAUCGGAGGCAGGAAAUGGGAGUUCGCUGCCUGCCCCGUGCCCGCCGUGAGCUCGGGCUUGGCAGGGCCUGGCGUGCAGCGGGGGCUUGACAGCGCCGGGCAGAGCGUCCCUGCAGAGCAUCCCUGCAGAGCAUCCCUGCGUCGCGCCCGGCGGAGCCCCCCGGGAAGGAAAGCGCCGGGCUAAGGCCGAGAGCCGGAGGAUUUUCGCCUGCGUUUCUCUGGAGCUGCCCGGUGUGGGGACCCCCCACAUCGUGGUUGGGGUCAGGACGUGGGUGCCUGCAUCGUGUUUGAGACGUGUGACCCCUGCACGGAACUUAGAGGCAGAGGAUUUAGGAAGCCGCUGCCAUGAAGAAGAAGAUGACAGCCAAUGGGAGGGGGCCGGAUCCGGCACCACCGCCCCCCCGCGCGCGGGGCAUCGCCAAGUCAGCAGAGUACGUGGGUUCCUUCAUGGUGGAAGAGCUGGAGCUGCAGCAGCACGUGGGGCAGCUGGAGGAGCAGCUGCGGGCGCUGAAGGAUUGCCCCAGGAGGAGGUCUGUGGUGCUCAGGUUCAGCUUGCAGGGACUGAAGGUCUACGGUGACGAUGGGGAGACGCUGCUGAUGGCGCACGCGCUGCGCCGCAUCCUGUACAGCACCUGCCUGCAUGCCGAGCGCCAGUUCGCCUUUGUGGCCCGCAACCCCCACAGCCCCCCCAGCACACUGUUCUGCCACCUCUUUGUGAGCCCCGUGGGUGAGGUGCACGUGCUGCACCUGCUGCUGUGCCGCUCCUUCCAGCUCUGUUACCUCCAGGCACACCCUGAGCUGCAGGCGGCUGAGCCCGACCCCCCCGUGCUGCUGCGGGAGACCCUCAACCCUGAGGAGGUGUCACGCAACGUCAACGCGCUCCUGUCCCUGCGGCGCCUGCCCGCCCUCGGCCCGCUGGGUGCAGGGCAUGUUUUUGCACAGCAUUUGCUCCAGGAGCGACGGGUGGAGGCUGAGGGCCGUGCUGUGGGUUGGCGUCCGGGGAACCCCUAUUGCUCCCCAGUGCUGGUGCGCAAAAAGGCGAUCCGCAGCAAAGUGCUGCGCUCGGGCGCCUACCGCGACUGCGGGGCUGAGAGCCAACUGCAGCAGCGCGAGGGUGCCCCAUCGGGAUGGGAGAGCAGAGGCAUGCGGGGCCUGGUGCUGCUCCCUGACACCGAGGCCGCCCUCGCCGAGAGCGUGUGGGCCUUCGCCGGCAUCGCCAGGGCCAGCGGCAUCGCGCUGCUGCGCGGGGAUGUGCCGGGAGCCUUUCUGCUGCGCCCUGAACCCGGUGCCACCCCGCGCUGGUGCCUGUGGGUGCACACGCCCUGCGGGGUCGUGCCCUACUGCGUGCUGCGGACACAGCAGGGGCGGUUCUGUGUGGAGCACUCCCACGCCGAAUUCCGCUCCAUGCCGGCGCUGCUCGCGCACUACUCGGCAGUGCCUGGGGGCUGCUUCUGCCGCCUGAGCGUGGGACGCUGCAACCCCGGCUACGAGCAGCGGGACGAGGACGGCCCGGCGCUGGUGCAGCACGAGCGGGGCUAGGCCCGACCCCCGCUCCAACCGUACGGAGCCCCACGGCAACUUCGGGAAUAAACAGCUCUGUGCAACCGCGCUGCUCCGGGCUCCUUCUUGCAUCUGCCCAGCUGCACUCCCGUGCACACCCACGCACUCGAACAAUCUCAAGCGCUCGCGCUCUUGCACCUUCGCGCACACCCACGCGCGCCCCCGCUCUCUCCCGCCGCGCCGCUGCGCGGCCCCACGC